AUGGUGCGGACACGACCUCGCAAUAAAACAAGACGCGUCGCCGUCAUAGACUAUGGCUCAGAUGGCGAGCCGCUCGAUGUCCACGACGACCUUGACGAUGAAAAUUUCGAGGCGCCGCCCCCGGACCCAGAAGACGAUGAAGAUGACCCUAUCGACGCCGACGGCGGCGACGACGAUUUUGAGGCCCACGACCCUUCCGACCUCGCACUGGACGGCCCGCGGAACGCCGAUGAUGACGACGAGGAUGAGUUGCCCGCCUACACCAGCUCCGCCGGCCUGAAAAAACUACCAGUAGACAUGGCCGCCCUCGGGACCUAUCAUGCCGAUGGACGGCCUACGAGGCACUAUACUGGCGCGCUGAAGCGAGGCCAGAGGAUACAGGUCCUCGACUUCUUCUACGGGCCUCAGGAGGAGGCUGUCGGCGUUGCCACCUGGUUGCUGAACCGCUGGGCAGGGUACGCCGUUCUGCCAAGCAAGUUACCUGACGGGCCCGCGCCUCCGGUCCCGAGCCCCUGGCUCGACCCAGAGUUCGUCGAGGAUCAGUACCGAUCUGCGAAAGCGUGGUUCGAGAGACUGAAGGGCGUCAAGGGGGCAAGUGAGGGCGAGAGGCAGAUGAGCGCCGAGGAAGCUGAGGGGUAUCGGCUUCAGCCUGGCGGUCAUUUGGUGUCCGUGAUUGGGCCGUACCUUGGCCAGCAAGAGGUCAAAAUCACACCGUACGAUGGUGUUGUGCUGUCCGAAUCGGGACUGCCAUUUACGACUCCCACGGACGAAAAGCCGGCAGGGUGGAUGUUUGAUGUGGGCGGCAUCGUCAUCGGCAUGGAAUGGGCCAGCAGGACGGAACAGGAGGCGCAGGUCCUUGCGCUUGCUGUCAUCCCGCACACAGACCACAUAUUGGAUUCUGAGGGUGCUUACGAUCAGAGCAAGGGAAUCAUCCAACUGUGGGCGCUCUGUGGCCAGAAGGAUGAAAAUGACAUCACGAGACCUCUUGCGAGCCCAGCCCGUCUUGCUCGAACUAUCUGCUGCGACUGGGGCAGAGUCACGAGGCUCAAGUGGUGUCCGGUGUCAUACAGAGAGAACGGCGCCAUGGGCCUCCUCGCGGUGCUUUGUAGUGAUGGCCAGGUCCAUAUUGUCGUGGUCAAGGACAUUGGCGACGGCGAGCAGGAUGCUUUCACCAAACUCGAAAACCCCAUCGUCUCCCUAGGAAUUCCCUCCGAGACCAACGUGACCGCCACAUGCUUCGCCUGGGUCAACACCAACCGCAUCGUUCUCGGCCACUCGGACGGCUGCCUCACGCUGUGGUCAAUCUCGCCGCGCAUUCUCCUCGCCCGCCACGACGUGCACUCAACGCGCGUCAUGCACAUUGACACGGCCUACCCCUCAGACCCCUACCUCGUUGCGUCGACGCCCAUCGCUGGCUACACCACGCUGGUCGAUUUCUCCGACCCCUCGUGCGAACGGACGAGCUUCCCCUGCUUCGCAAUCACCCCGCAGCCGAACCUGCUCCAGUGGCACGACCACCUGCGGGGCUUCUUCACCGUCGUGCCAUCGGCGAACCCGCUCAACGCGUCGGUCGGCUUCGUCCACUCGCGGUGGUACGCGGCGCAGGUCCGCAAGGUCAUGGACGGCGACCGGCUGCCCACCUGCCUCGCCGCGGGCACGCACCAUCCCUUCGUCCUCGUCGGGUACCUGGACGGCACCGUCUGGGCGGCGAACCCGUCCAACAGGAUCUUUGCGUCGAAGCACCACUUCGGCCACAAGAUGAAGAUCAUCGACCACCAGUAUAUCCCCCGCGAGCGGCUCAGCAGCUCGGUGCUGGAGCGGGACGGCGGCGGCGAAGGCGGAAGCUGCCGCGGCGCAUCGCGGAUUCUCCAGGGCUUCCGGCCGGUGCCCAACGUCAACCCCAAGGUGGACACGUGGAAGACUAAGGUGGCCCUCAACAAGAACAAGGACAAGAAGAAGGCCAAGAAGCCGAAAGCGAAGGGCAAGGGCAAGGGAAAGGGCAAGGGCAAGGCGGACGCGGAAGCGGCCGAGGAAGACGACGCGGACGUGCAGGGCGGCGCGGAGGAAGGGGACGGGCACUUUGCGGACCCCAAGCGCGCGGUGAUCACGGAGCCACUGACGCGGAUCACGACCAUGGCGUGGAACCCGAACCAGAAGUAUUCGUGCUGGGCCGCGGUGGCGAUGGCGUCGGGGCUGGUGAGGGUGAUGGACCUCGGGUUGGAAUGCUAG